GGGGAGCCUAACCAGAAGCUGAUCCGCUGCUCUUACAAGAGCAGUGCCGUUCCAGGGAGAAGUGCCGGACGCCGUCAUGUCGAUAAUCAUCUACUAUUCCAGCGUCAGUGGCUCUCGAGAUCUCAAACAGCAGCAGAGUGCGAUCUUUCAGUAUCUGGACAGCAAGAAGAUAAAGUAUGAAGCCGUGGACAUCUCCGCGAGCAACAGCGCCAAGGAGGACAUGCGGCGAAAAACGGGCAACCCCAGCGCGCUGCCGCCGCAGGUGUUCAACAAGGGCGUCUACUGCGGCGACUAUUCGAAGUUCUCUGAAGCUGUGGAGGAUGAGAAAGUGGAGGAAUUCCUGAAGCUCAAGUGAAUACUUGUUAACUGUCGAGCAGCACAGAAUUAACUGAUAGUGUGUGU